CAAAGCUCUUUGAUGCGAAAAAACAAAUUUAUCAAAAAAAACAAAAAAUCAAAACCAACCAACUAUAAAUACAAAGCUUCACUCUCUCUUCUCAACUACCAACCAUUUUUAUACAUCUCUCUGUGCUCGCCUCAACGUUGUGAAGAGAGAAAUGGCGCGAAAGAAGAUCAGAGAGUACGAUUCGAAGAGGUUGUUGAAGGAGCAUUAUAAGAGGAUCACUGGUGGUGAUGAGCUCGGGAUCAAAUCCGCUCAGAUUACAGAAUCAACUAAUAUCAAUGAGCUCGUAGAAAAGGAACCUUGGCUCUCCUCCUCCAAACUAGUUGUUAAGCCAGAUAUGUUAUUUGGAAAGCGUGGAAAAAGCGGGCUUGUUGCUUUGAAUUUGGAUUUGGCGCAAGUUGACAACUUCGUGAAAGAGCGACUUGGGAAGGAGGUCGAGAUGGGAGGAUGCAAAGGACCCAUUACAACAUUCAUUGUUGAACCAUUUGUUCCACACAACGAAGAAUUUUAUCUAAAUAUGGUCUCAGAUCGACUUGGAUGUAGCAUAAGCUUUUCAGAGUGUGGUGGAAUUGAUAUUGAAGAGAACUGGGAUAAGGUUAAAACAAUAUUUGUUCCGACAGGCAUGUCCAUGACACCUGAGAUUUGUGCUCCACUGGUUGCAACUCUCCCCUUGGAGAUUAAAAGUGUAAUCGAGGAGUUUAUCAAGGUGAUAUUUAUUCUAUUUGCAGAUUUGGACUUCACUUUCCUAGAAAUGAAUCCUUUCACUCUGGUUGAUGGAAAGCCGUAUCCUUUAGACAUGAGAGGAGAGCUUGAUGACACUGCUGCUUUCAAGAACUUCAAGAAGUGGGGCAAUAUUGAAUUUCCAUUGCCCUUCGGAAGAGUUAUGAGUUCUACCGAGAGCUUUAUUCAUGGGCUAGAUGAAAAGACUAGUGCCUCUCUGAAGUUCACUGUUCUCAAUCCAAAAGGACGUAUUUGGACUAUGGUCGCUGGAGGAGGUGCCAGUGUCAUCUAUGCAGAUACGGUUGGAGAUCUUGGUUUUGCUGAAGAGCUUGGAAACUAUGCAGAAUAUAGUGGAGCACCAAACGAAGAGGAGGUUUUGCAAUAUGCUCGAGUUGUGAUUGAUUGUGCAACCGCUGAUCCUGAUGGCCGGAAGAGAGCCCUUGUAGUAGGUGGUGGAAUAGCCAACUUUACAGAUGUUGCUGCUACAUUUAACGGCAUCAUCCGUGCAUUAAAGGAGAAGGAAUCAAAGCUUAAGGCCGCAAGAAUGCACAUAUAUGUUAGGAGAGGAGGUCCAAACUACCAAAAAGGUCUUGCAAAAAUGAGGGCCCUUGGAGAAGAAAUUGGCAUUCCAAUCGAGGUAUAUGGACCGGAAAAAACAAUGACGGGAAUAUGCAAACAGGCAAUAGAGUGCAUUAGCGCAGCUGCAUGAAUGUCACAAAUCUUGUACCACUCUUUAUAUGAGCUCUUUUUUUGGUCGUAAUCCGUGUAUGUUUAAUUCAGUGUUAGCCACUUGCGGUGACCUUUGUGUUGGAUUCGAUAUGCAAAUUCUUGUUCAAUAAAAUUGGGCCAGUUCGUUAUCUUC